AUGAUUGCUACAAAAAUGCCCACUAUUGCCCGCUUCAAUGCAUCGGAUCCCUCUACCACGCCACAGAAACUGGUUGACAUCCUCAAACGCGAUGGAGGAGUAAUCGUCGAAAACCUCAUUACUCGAGAGCUUGCCGGGCAGAUCCGUCAAGAUCUCAAACCGCAUUUUGAAAACGACAUCCCCGACAAGUACGGCCUUUUCCCAGAGACGACCAAGCGAGCUUCAGGCUUGUUGGGAAUUUCCGACGCCUGCGUCGAGCUUGCAUGUAACCAUCUCUACACAAGCGUGGCCAACAUCUUGGUCUCCUCGAGCCACACUUUCUGGAGAGGAGACCAUCAAGCCACCGUCAGCGGGAAACCGAUAAUCUCGUCCACGGUCGGAUUCCGUAUCAAUCCUGGAGGAACCCAGCAGGUUUUACACCGCGACGACAAUGACUAUCACCCGCAUGAUAAAGAACUGCCUGUAAUGAUCGGCUGUGUGACAGCGUUGACAAAGACAACAAAGGAGAACGGUGCGACCAUCGCUAUUCCUGGCUCACACCUGUGGGGCCCCGAAAGACGUCCGUUGGACGAAGAGGCUGUUCCUGCCGAGCUUGAGAUCGGAGACGCUCUUAUCUUUCUAGGGAAUCUCUACCACGCCGGGGGCGCGAACAUCACUCAGAACGACUAUCGUGAGACUGUUGGGAUAUUUCUCUGCAAGCCUACGCUGCGCCCCGCUGAGAAUCAGUUCUUGAUGAUACCGCUGGAGAGGGUGAGGAAGUUGAAGCCCCAGGCACAGCGGCUGUUAGGCUACGGGGUUUUGGAGCCCGGGCUUGGAUUCGCUCAAUACCAGGAUCCUAUGCGGCUGCUGUUCGGAGUUGAGGAUGAGGAGACGGUUGAUAUGUAG